AUGAGUGUGCAAAAGGAGGACGUGGAAAAGUUCCUCAAUGGGAAUCCUGCGUUUGCGAAGCAGUAUUUUGCCAAGAAGAUGAGCCCAGCCUCCAUUUCGAAGGCGUCGGGACUCGCAGAGAAACAGAUCGACUUCAGCCAACUCCAGGAGCUCAGUCAGGUCGAGGAAAGCCAAAUAAUGUACGAACUGAUCAAAGACAUGCAGGAGAACAUCAACGUGGAAAAAGUGGUCUUCAAGAUCCUAAAGAGAAUCAGCAUGCUCAUCCACGCCGACCGGUGCAGUUUGUUCAUGUACCGGCAGCGGAACGGCAUCGGGGAGCUGGCCACCAGGCUCUUCAACGUCAACGCCACGGCAGAGCUGGAGGACUGCGUGGUGCCGCCGGACUCCGAGAUCGUCUACCCGCUGGACAUGGGAAUAGUCGGCCACGUGGCCCAGACCAAGAAGAAUGUUAACGUGAAAAAUGUCAAAGAGAAUGAGCACUUCAGCUCGUUUGUCGACGACCUCACAGAAUACGAGACCAGGAACCUUCUGGCCACACCCAUCCUCAACGGUAAAGACAUGGUGGCUGUGAUCAUGGCUCUGAACAAAACCACUGGACCACAUUUCACUGCUGACGACGAAGACCUUUUCUUAAAGUAUCUGAAAGUUGCCUCUUUGAACUUGAAGAUCUACCAUCUGAGUUACCUGCACAGCUGUGAGACACGUAAAGGACAGCUGCUGCUCUGGUCGGCCAACAAGGUGUUUGAGGAGCUCACUGACAUUGAGCGACAGUUUCACAAAGCCUUGUACACAGUCCGAGCCUACCUCAACUGUGACCGCUACUCCGUGGGCUUACUGGACAUGACAAAGGAAAAGGAGUUCUUUGACAUCUGGCCUGUGUUGAUGGGCGAGCAGCCACCGUACUCUGGUCCUAUAACUCCAGAUGGCAGGGAAGUAAUUUUCUACAAAGUGAUUGACUAUAUAUUACACGGAAAAGAAGACAUCAAAGUAAUACCGAGCCCACCUGCAGAUCACUGGGCCUUGAGUAGCGGGCUGCCAACCUAUGUUGCUGAGACCGGACUUAUUUGUAACAUUAUGAACACAGCCGCUGAUGAGACGUUUCAGUUUCAGACUGAGCCUCUUGACAGCAGUGGCUGGACCAUAAAAAACGUUCUCUCGCUGCCAAUUGUAAACAAAAAAGAAGAGAUAGUGGGUGUGGCCACGUUUUACAACAGAAAAGAUGGAAAGCCUUUUGAUGAUCAGGAUGAGCAGCUCAUGGAGGCUUUGACCCAGUUCCUGGGCUGGUCGGUGUUGAACCCGGACACUUACGACAAAAUGAACAAGCUGGAGAACCGGAAAGAAAUCGCUCAGGACAUGGUGCUGUACCACGUCAAAUGUCGGGAUGAUGAGAUUCAGAAUGUCCUGAACACCCGAGAGGUCUACAGCUGUGAACCUGCAGCGUGUGAAGAGGAUGAGCUCCUGGCCAUUCUGAAAAAAGAUCUACCUCCGUUGAUUAACAAGUUCGAGGUCUACCAGUUCCACUUCUCGGAUUUUAACUGCACAGAGAUGGAGCUGGUGAAGUGUGCGAUCCAGAUGUACUAUGAGGUCGGGGUGGUCAAGAAGUUCCAGGUCCCUCAAGAGGUGCUGGUUCGGUUCCUGUACUCUGUCAGUAAAGGCUACAGACGAAUCACCUACCACAACUGGCGUCACGGCUUCAACGUUGGACAGACCAUGUUUACACUGUUAACGACGGGAAAGCUGAAGCGAUACUACACUGACCUGGAGGUGAUGGCCAUGAUAACCGCAGGCUUCCUGCAUGAUAUCGAUCACAGAGGGACAAACAACUUGUACCAAGUCAAAUCUGGGAACCCUAUGGCCAAGCUCCAUGGCUCCUCCAUCCUGGAACGGCACCAUCUAGAGUUUGGAAAGUUCCUUUUGAAUGAUGACUCACUUAACAUCUACCAGAACCUCCACAGGCGACAGGUGGACCAUGUCAUUCAUCUCAUGGACAUCGCCAUCAUUGCCACGGACCUGGCUCUUUAUUUCAAGAAAAGAACCAUGUUCCAGAAGAUCGUGGACCUUUCCCACACGUAUGAGGACGAGAAGAAGUGGGUUGACUUCAUGUCUCUAGAAACCACAAGGAAAGAGAUCCUUAUGGCCAUGAUGAUGACCGCAUGUGACUUGUCCGCCAUCACGAAGCCUUGGGAGGUGCAGAGCAAGGUUGCCUUGUCUGUAGCAGCAGAGUUUUGGGAGCAGGGUGACCUGGAGAGGACGGUACUAGAACAACAACCAAUUCCUAUGAUGGACAGGAACAAGUCAGCCGAUCUUCCAAAACUACAAUGUGGUUUCAUUGACUUUGUCUGCACGUUUGUCUACAAGGAGUUCUCUCGCUUCCACCCACAAAUCCAGCCCAUGCUGGACGGCAUCCUCAACAACAGGAAGGAGUGGAACGCUAGGAAAGAGGAGUAUGAAGCCAAACUGAAAGUUAUGGAGGAAGAGAAGGCUGCGGCUGGACCCAGUAAAGCUACUGCAAACAACCCCGGUGGUGGAGGCUCCAAGACCUGCUCCGUAUGCUAG